AUGGAAGCAGCAAAGAACAUCGCAAAGAAAAUGACCAGCUCGGACUCUCAGUUCGAAAAGGGCCACCAGCCACCAAUCCAGCACCAAAGCCCCCCCGGCCUCGAGUCCGCAAUGAACCCCCAACCCGUCUACAACCAGCUACCCACCCCCUCCGGCGGCUACCAGCUCUACAAGCCCGCCGGCAAGCUCCUCGGCAAGAAGGCGCUCAUCACCGGCGGCGACAGCGGCAUCGGCCGCUCCGUAGCAGUGCUCUACGCCAUGGAAGGCGCAGACUCCGCCAUCGUCUACCUCCCCGGGGAGGAGAGCGACGCGCAGGAGACAAAGAGGCUUGUCGAGGGGUACGGGCGGAAGUGUGUCCUGUUCCCGACGGACCUGACGGUCGCGGAGAACUGUAAGCGGGUUGUGGAGCAGACGUUGGAGGCGCUGGGCGGGAUCAAUAUCUUGGUCAAUAAUGCGGGCACGCAGUUGGCGCAGGAGAGCAUCAUGGACAUCUCGGACGAGCAGUGGGACUUUACGUUCAAGAGUAACAUCUACUCCAUGUUUUACCUGUCGAAAUACUCACUCCCACACCUAUCCCCCGGCGACACCAUCAUCAACAACGGGUCCAUCAACCACUACAUCGGCAAGCCCAACCUCCUCGACUACACCUCCACAAAGGGCGCAAUCAUCGCCUUCACACGCUCCCUGUCCAACCAGCUCUGCGGCAAGGGCAUCCGCGUCAAUGCCGUAGCACCAGGGCCCAUCUGGACCCCGUUGGUGGUGUCGACGAUGACGAGCGAGGACUUGGAUGGGUUCCAUUCGACGCCCAUGGGCAGAGCGGGGCAGCCGAGUGAGGUGGCUACUUGCUUUGUGUUUUUGGCCAGUGCGGAUUCGAGCUUCAUUAGUGGGCAGACGUUGCACCCGAAUGGUGGCAGUGUUGUUAAUGGUUAA